UGAAUAUGUUAAAUAAUGUACAUAUUUUGUUUACUUAUAAAUGGCUUGGUUUUGAGCAUAUCGUUAAUUUUAAUAGCAUAUCCAUUGCAGAGAGGUUAUUAAAACGUUCGAUAUAAUACAUUACUUUAUCAGUUUAAUAUCGUUAGUUUUACACUGCACAUGUCACCGUUCACAAUAAAUAUGAAGGUGUUAAUACUAUUGUCGAUUCUUGCAUCUGCCAGAAGUCGAGCUACUGAAAGAUGUGAUGGCAUCAUUGUAAAUAAGAUCAACCAUGAGGAGAUCGUUUUAAAAAGUGGAAUUAACAGUCCAUACCAACUAGCUAUUGAUUAUGAUACCGGUUAUCUAUUUUUCAGUUAUUCCGCAAACGACGAUGAAGUUUUUAAAUCCGCUUAUAUUAAUCUAAAAACAAAUAAUUUCGGAAUCAUUCCUGGAGUAUCUGGGGGAUUUGCUAACGCCGUUGAUUCAAGAAAACAUAAUGUAUAUAUCGGAGGAAGAGAUGGCUUAUAUAAAUUUGAUUUUGAUUCAAAGUCAGCCAAACACAUAGAUGGUACAGACGACAACAUAUGGCAGUUAUUUUAUAAGGAUGAAUUAUACUAUUCAAGGUAUCCAGAUGAAGCUGUUUAUAUGUAUAAAGAAGGUAGAUGUGAAAGAGUUCCUGAAUUACAAGACACAAAAGCAAUGUUGGUCGCACUUGAUAAUUAUAAAAACUUUUACUUUACUAACUCAUCUGGAAUGUAUAUGCAUAAGAAAUCUAAUGGUCAACGAGGUUUUAUUGGAGAUUUUAACGCAAAUGGUUUUGCUACGGAUAUUAAUGGUAAUCUGUUCUUUUCUACACCUGAUGGUGUUUACUUCAUAAACGUCGAGAAGAAAGAGGUUGAAAGGAUUGCUGCCAUAGGCAACGCUUAUGGUGUUGCUAUUGGUGGAGAUGGGAGUAUUAUUUAUGCUUCACAAAACGCUAUCAUAAGACUGAAUCCUACUGAGACAUUUUGCAUCGUCGACGAGUUUAAAUCUCCGUUCUUAAUUUAAUUUUACAAUGUAUAUUGAUUAUAAUAUUUUUUAUAUUAUCGUUUUAAAAUAAUUGUUUCUUUGAAUAUAAGUAUAUUAUGAGAUGAAAUAAUAAAAAUGUGUUGAAAAUAUCAAUUUAAACUUU